GGGGCAGUGUUUGUCAAUCAUACCUGGCGACACGCACUGUUGCGUUGCCAAGCAAGGUACCAGACUGUCGGGUCCCAGCUAUUCCUUUUUCAUCCACAGCAAGAAGACUGAGAAUGAAUCAGAUGAAAAGACGAAAAGAAAAAAAAGAAAAAGAAAAAGAAAAUCGCGCUCGACCAGUCUUGCUAUUGGGGAAACCAGCGGUCCCAUUCAAUAAUUAUGAUGCAGGCGCUGCUGAUGCUCGUCGUUCUCCAGCAGUCCUGGGUGGAACAGGCCAUCCUACCUCUUUCCCCCCUCUCCCUUCCCUUCCCCCCGUCUAUCGACUGGGGUUGAUUCCGUUUCCCUCUUUUUUUCCCCUCCUCUGGCUCAAGCGCCGCCGGCUGCCGUUUGUGCUCCUCUUCCCCUCUAUCCGCUGUCAAGUGCGUGUCGGGUCCUCAUUACCGUCGAUUCCUUUUAGACAAACUACCACACCUCACGACGGUGUUUUCCGAUGUCAAUCGCAUCAUGCAUUACUCUUCCCCACCCACACCUCUUUUAUUUUGUUCUUUUUAGCCCAGGGUAAAAGAGUGACUGGCAACUUGGCCUGAUCACAUCCAUCCGGCGCUAAUUUAUUGUGCAUAAUAUCUAAUUGUCGCGCCUAUAUGGAUGCUGCAGACCAGAGGCUGCAGUCCACUUGGUUCGGCCCUACCCAGCUAGGCCUUGCACACCCCCUUCGCGUCAAGUCCCUCCUCACCCAUGCAACGAUGUCUUCUCAAGUCUGCCUUGCCUGACGGGGCGUCGGUCUUCUUGCUUCUAUCUCACUCUUCUGUGCCCCAUGCGGCGGAUGCUGUACUCCAAUUGUCAUAUGGCAAUCUAGUCGUCAUUGCUUUC